GCCUUCCUCAACCUCAGAAAUGGAAAGUGAAGGAGAGAACGCCAUUAGCGAUGAUCAAGAACAAGCUAAAUUGCCAGAUAGAUCACUAACGUUCACUGCUCGUGGAAGUGAGAUCCAAAACGUCAUUGCUUUGCUAACUGACGACAGACAAGCCGUCGUGUCUCUUAAUGGAGGACCAGGGUUUGGAAAGACAGCAAUAGCUAUCGAAGUGUCGCAUAAGCUCAGAGAAGACCGUACAAUUCUCGUUAUAUUUUCUCAUUUAACUACCGCCAAGAAUGCGGAUGAGAUGGUCCGCAGACUCUGUCUUGAUGUCGGAGUUAACUACGAGCACGAUGACCCAAAGCCAUCGCUGUUUCUCUGGUUGAAACGUGCCAAAGCCAAAGUCAUUUUUGUGCUGGAUGAUGUCGAUAACCUGCUUGAAGAAAACAACCGAUCUGAUUUCUACGACUUCCUCUACUUGUUAAGGAAGAUUGGAAAUUGCCAGAUGAUUACUACUUCAAGAGCGUCUUAUCUGAUUCCCGAGCUCAUUGUUAGUCAAGUGAAUGUUGAAGAGAUGGACGAAGUAGCAUGCAUGGAAUUUCUGAGAAAAAAAUGCCCUGAUGAGAAUAAUGAAUGUUUGCGAAGACUAGCCACACUGUGUGGUAACAUUCCCCUUGCCAUGUCCAUUGCUGCAUCUCAAGUUGGUGACUUUGAAGAUACCAAUGAAUUUCUGCAUUACCUAAAAGAGCAACCAUUAAAAACUCUGCAACGUCCUGAGAGCAAUAUCUUCGUCCAUAAGGCAAUACAUUUGUCUUACGCCAGGCUGGAUAAAGAACAAAAGGAAGCAGCACUACGUUGGGCCACAUUUGAAGGAGAUUUUAGCGAAGAAGCCGCAGGUGUCGUGAUCGAGAAGGACAAGUUGGACACAAAACGGAUCCUGAAAAAUUUGUUUUCCCGCAGCUUGAUCAAAAAGACACCGGAGAAUCGAUACGUCAUUCAUUCUUUGAUCAAACAUUUUUUAACCGAUCACCUGAAAGGCGAACACGAUAUGGCUCUAUCAGCGACUGCAGAGUAUUUGAUGGUGAAAUAUUACCUAAAGUUGGGACACGACCUAACUAUGCAGAGUUAUUCCAAAGACAGAUACAAGCAAAACAGAGAAGCCUUAAAGCAAGAAGCACACAACAUCCAACACGUGCUCAAAAUGUGUUGCGAGCAAGCAGAUCCGACAACCUCCCAAAUCCCUGACUGCAUGGCGGACAGUGAAAUCUAUACCACAUCGGCCAGAUUCUUUUCCCUAUUCGUAAGAACAAUUAUUCCUGGAUCUAUCGUCGACGAGUUUUUAGAACGGUGUGCACAGCUGGCCCAAGGGAGGGAAGAACUUGCAAAGAAAAUAGCUUUUGACUGUUUGUUAGCAGACCAAGAACGCAGCAAAACAAUUGGUAAAUCCGACGAAAAGUUUGUUUCGAUGAUGGGAGACAUCAAUAAAGUGUUCGUUGCGCACGAGGAAGAGUUAAAGCAAGACAAGUCACUUUGUGCUCAUUACUACUACCAAAAUGGCAGAUAUUUACUUCGUAAAGCUGAAAGUGAGACUGAGGAUCGUGAGGCUCGUCUAGAUCUACAGUUCAAAGCUCUCGAGGAGCUAGAAAAGUCAUUGAAAUUGAGAAAAGUUUUGCCCAGCGAGUCCGUGGCGAGAGCGGACGAGGUUUACUCGUUGUUACAACUUGGAAAUACAUGGAAAAGAAUUUCUGGAAGCAGCGAGAAGUCUCUUAAUUGGAGAAGGCAUAUCAGUUUUACAGAUGGUUUGGAAAAUGCCCAAAUUCGUUACAAAGAAGCUUUGGAGCUGUCGCAAGAUGUUUUUGGAGAACACGAACUUACCUCGGCUUGUUUGAAGAAUUUUGGUGAUCUGUUCCUAACCUCCAAGCGAUAUGAGGCCGCCGUACGAAAUUACACUCGGGCUAAAAAAAUGCGGGAGGAUCUUGGUCUGCACGCUAGCGAAAGUCAUGUUUACCUACUAAACAAUCUAGGAAUUUCCCUGAAGGAAAUUGGGCGGCUAGAGGAAGCUAUUGAAGUUCUGGAGAAUGCUCGGGACUUGGCAGAGAAACGUUCGGAAAGUGAAAAGCCAAAUGCUUGCAAGGCAAAGGUAUAUUUAAAUCUAGCUGUCAUUCUGCAUUUGAUUCAACCAUAUUCCGAACGUGCAGUUGCAUACGCAAAAAAAGCAUUGGAAUUGGAAAACAUAGAUAAGUUUGCAAGAUUUGAAUAUGAACAACUUCUGGAUAUAUCAACAAAUGGUGCUAAUGAAAAGUAA